CCUCCAUAAUUGAUUUCCUAGCGUCCCCUUUUUUUUCUCAGCUCAGCCCUGCUGAUCCCCAUGUCAAAUUUUAUUUAAAUUAGUCCCGCAACCCGCGUCACCUGGUCUUUUCCUUCUCUUUCAUCCCACCCCCUUAUCCUUAUCUCUUGCAAUACAGCUUCGAACUACCAGUCGUUCCAAUCCAUCCUUUCCAAAUCAUCACCAUGUUCAACUUCAACUUCUUCAAGUCUGCCCCCGCUGAGGCCCAGACCCAGGAAAACUCCUGGAACGCCAACACUGUCGCUAUGCAGCAGCCCUCCAGCCCGGCCGCUCCCUCCACCAACCAGGUUGUUUCUGAGCAGCCCGCUAGCCAGGAGGAGAUGUCCAUGCAGCUGCGCGGUGGUGGCGGCGGUGGCCUUUGCUGCGGAAUCUGCGCUGGCCUUGCCUGCUUCGAGUGCUGCGAGAUCUGCUGCUAGAUUAUCCAACGCCCGACCAAUCUAGAUGGACGAUGAGGGGGAGGGUCAUAUCACAGCAAUGCGCGGUCCGAAUAGACCGCAUCUGCUGAGAGGAACCUUGCUUUUGUUUAUCCUGGAGAAGCGACGAUGGUGAUGGUUUUUUAUGUCAUAUCAGACGUCUAUGCGAUAUACCCAAUGACAAUCAUGCAAUAACAGAAUGCAUUCUCUAUUUAAUUCAUGCC